CCCGUAUUUAGAAUGUCAUAAACAGGUUUUCUGUGCUGUAACUACAAAAAUAUUCAGGUUAUUAAUAUUGAAUCCUACUUUGUGGAAAUUCACUUAUCGUGGCUGGGAACUUAUCGUCAUAAACGAGGGACGACUGUAUAAGAUGGCCCAGUUUUUAAAGUCUUUUUUCCUGCAGCAAAAAUGAUGUUUGAUAUACAGGACAGCACUUCCCCAAUGCAGUUUCCACUGUCACACAUUAAGACAUGCAGAUGGCUCUUUUCAUAUUGACUCAGGACUCUUCGGGGGUGUCUUGCUCCUUGUCCAGAAGUGAAUUCAUCCACCUCGCCUCCUCAAUGGUCAGCUGCGGCUCCGAAGAGGAGUAUGGCUUCCUGUUUGACAGUGUGGUUGUCUGUCAGGAGCAUCGUGGACUCCUCCUUGACAGCAAGGCUUUGAAGGAAGAAGGCCGCGUGGACUGGGGAGGACUCUGCUCUUUUCUUCAGCAGGGCCUGUCUGAAAAAUUGAAGCACAGCAGGAAAAGAAACGUGCCUUGCUGGAAGCCUCUUCGUUUUCUGACCUGUCCCCAUCGAGACUCUGUGCAGAAGGUGUUGUACCUAAAGAAUUGGGGUCAGUACAUGACGGUGAGUAAAGGAGGAUCUGUGGGCCUGCGGGACGGUGCUGACAUGUCACUACUGAACACCCAACGACUGCACAAUAGCACAGUCCGAGUCAAAGACCUGUGGGUGACAGACGUGGUGCUGAUGCACAAUUUACAUAAGAUUGCUGUGUCAUUCACGAGUAAGGAAAUUUGUUUUUAUGACAUAUUGUCUAAAAUGGACUUCAGCUGCACAUACAAACUACAGGGUUUGAAGUUUACACCGUGGUGUCUGGACUACUGGACCAGUAUCUCCAACCCAGAUGUGGCUGUCCUUGCUAUAGGUGACAUCGGUGGACAGGUCAGCGCUUUAUAUUUCACCUCUGCUCAGAUCUCUUUGUUUGAGCGACGAAGUCAGUGGACAGACUCGGAUUCUGCGGUCAUUGUCCAAUGGGAUGAUGUGGUCAAAGGAACACAUCACUGCUGUUACAUCGUCAAACAUCAGGGACAUGAGCCGGCCUGGGUGAGGAAAGUCCUUUACUUGGACUCACUGGAGGCCUUCGUGUCAUGCAGCACCAGGCCACAAAGCAGCAUGGUGAUUGGCUGGAGGGAGAAGGAGCGUAAGAGUCUACGAGUCUCUUCUUUCUUUACAAAGAGGGGAGUUUGGGACAUAGACUAUCACCAUGAUCUUGAACUGAUUGCCACAGCAGGUGUAGAUCAUCAGGUCCAGCUAUGGAACGCUUACGUGACCUCUCAGCCGGUGUACAUACUCACUGGACACAUGGCCCCAGUUACAUCUGUUCGCUUCAUUCAGAAGAAAGAACUACUGAGCUUCUCAAGAGAUAAGGUUCUGUUUUUAUGGGAUAUUUCCAGUCAGCUGUGUGUUCACCGUCUGGAUGGCAUUUUCCCGGCAACGCAGGAGAGCGUGCACACACUUCUGCUAUGGAUUGAAGAGCGCCAACUCCUGCUGCUCACCUUCAAUAGCCUGCUUGUUUUGUUGGAGACCAUGAAGGAGGAGACGAGAACUAGCAGCCAUGAGCAUCCCGUCACCUGUGUUCUCUACAACAGCCUUUUCAAACAGGUAAUAAGCAGCGACAAUGGCUCCUCUGUGAUCUGCUGGCUGGCCGACACAGGCCAAAAGGUUAAACAAAUUCACCGUUGCCAUGGCAAUGCCGAGAUCUCCACCAUGGCUUUGGACGGCACGCAGACAAGGCUGUUCACCGCAGGCACUAAUGGAGAGGUUAAAGUAUGGGACUUCAACGGCCGCUGCCUCCAUAGAAUGAACGCUGGCCUGGGCAAGGCUGUAGUCAUCUCACACAUCCUACUGCUGAGGAGGAGCAUCCUGGUGAUGGGCUGGGAAAGGAUGUUGACAGUAUUUCGCCUUCAUUCUUUCUCAAAGUCUCAAGUUGAGCCAUCAGAGUGGAAGGGCGGUGUUCAUCACCGUGCAGAAGUGCUCUGUGCAGCAUUCCACCCUCUGCAGACUCUGGUCACAGGAAGUUGUGAUGGAGAGAUUAUAGUGUGGAACAGCAACACUGAAAAAGCUCUGAGAAAACUGCAGCCGCCAGCGAAGCAUGAAGAAUUCAAACAAAAGGAGAAUGCCCUUGACGGCAUCACCAGGCUGACGUUUUUACAGAGUCGUACAGCCGCACAAAUAGCAACAGGUAGUGCAGACCUGGUGUCAUGCGGCAGUUCUGGGCUGGUCAGGUUCUGGAAUACGGUCACUGGGCGUCUGCUGGCACAGUUCACGGCUCAUAACGGACAACUGGGCUCUAUUGUCAUGACUGUCAGCCCCUGUGGAAAAUUUCUAGUCACAGCAGAUCGGGAGGGUACGAUCAAGACGUGGGACAUAGAGCGUUAUUGCCUGACGUCUGACGAGGACGUGAUGACGGAAACUCCUAAAUUGCUGCAGAGUUUCCGCCCACACCAGAAUGGGGUCACUCACCUGGAAAUGAGUGUCCACAACGAUCAGCUCCUUCUUCUAUCAGCAUCUUCAGACUGCAGUGUGGCCCUCAGCUAUCUGCCAGGAAAAAUCAUUGGCUUGUUUGGACAGGAGGAGCAGUGGAGCAUCAAGAGACCUGAGCGUGUGCACCAACAGGAGAACACUCACGAUGACACACACGCUAACAUCGCAGCAGAGAAGGAGGAGGUGGCAUGAUGGAUGAGGAAGAAGACUGUGGGACGUUUGUUUGGGUCCAUCGAGGCAUGAACGUGAAGAUUCUCCGGCGACCGAUCAACAGACAGUAAUGCUCUUAAAUACUGUUCCACAGUGACUAGCACCCCAACGCAAGAGUGCCAAAAAGCGGUGCAGCACAAUCAGGUCACGUCAAUUUUAUUGGUGCGGCGCCAAUUCACAACAAACAUUAUCUCAAGGUACUUUACACACGGAACCGUGCUCCAGUAUCCAGCUAUUACACUAUAUAUUCUCAAGGGACAGUACUGUAGAAAUGAAACUUGGAUAUACUUGCUUGUUUAGCUCCUAUGGCAGUAUGGACUUAACGUCCAUUGAAAAUGUCUCAGCACACAGCCAUCACACUUUGAGAAACUCGAGAACCAUGCUCCAUGUACAUUAAAGAAAACCAACUGAACCCCUCUUGAGCAAGCACUUUGGCAAUGCAGGCAAGGAAAGACUCCCCGUAAGGAAGAAACUUUAAAUAGAACCGAGACUGUGUGGGGUGGCCGUCUGCCUGGUUAGGUUGAGAAAGAGCAGACAGACGGUGAGUAGAGACAGAGAAAAUAGGAUAGAAGGUAUGGAUGAGAAAAUGAUGUGUAUAACAAUCGCAUCAAUCAAUGACAGCGCUAAUGAUGAUGAAGGUUUUGUUAUUACUACGAAAAGUAAUUAUAGGAAAUGUAGUGGCGCAGAAAGGUUAUUCGCUACCGUUCACGUUUUUACAAAAUGUUUGAAAAAAAUGUUUGAAAAAAAUGCUCAUUGCGAUUGGGGUUGAAGGGAAAAACAAUGGAGGAAUAUCCCAACAGAUCCAGCUUUUUUGUUCUUUGUUCUUGCAAAGGCAUACUUUGCAUUCGUACCAGUUGAAAUUCUCGUCACACACCUUCACUUUUAUUUUAUCUAUUGAUCCUUCUCAGGAUGCCAAAAAAAUAAUAAUAAAAAAAAGAUACUGUCUGCAGUAGGGAUGCGCCGAUCGAUCGGCCACCGAUUAGUAUCGGCUGAUUUCCGUAAAAAACACAUGAUCGCCAUAUGCCGAUAUAUGCCUUUCAAAGCCGAUCAGAAAAAACGAUCACGGCGACAUGACAAUACAUGUCAUGACAACACGAACAUGCAUGUGUGCUGUGUCACGUGCGGUUGACAACAGCCGUAUUGAGCCGACAAGGAAUGCGCUUUACAACCUCUAAUGGUUUCAGUUUGACAGCUUCACACAGGCUACGCCAAUCGAUGCCAGUGUGUUUGAUCACUCCCUUGUCAAACCUAUUGGUGUUUGACUUCUCUUGCGUCGUUCUAUACACGCUUUGCCUAACUGUCCGCUGCUAACGAGCUAACUAGCUAGCUAGAAUGAUCCCCCUAGCUUCUCGUCUUCAGACUCCAAAUGUGACUUUUUACCGCGGUGACAGUUUGUUUUUAAAACAAACAAGCAAUGCAGUUAGUUUGGAGCUUGUUUUUCUCUCACUGCGAAGUAGAUAUUACUUCCAUCGGGAACGUACUAACUUUUUCAAGUGUCUAGUGUCCUUCAAACACUAUUCGUGUGUUGUUGUUUAAUGAACGUUUAGCCAAGGGCCCUUGGAAUUGUCCAAUGGCCAAUAGCACUCAUAAAUAAAUAGAAAAAUGUACAGUUAAUCCAUGUGAUCGGUAUCGCCCAAUCUUACUCAUGGAUGAUCGGUAUCGGAAUCAGCAGCAUAAAACCUGGAUCAGAGCAUCCCUAAUCUAGAGUAUAUGCUGAAAACAUUGCACUUGGUUCAUCCCAGCCAGGUUUAGUGGCUCCUGUCUUCACCAUCUUUUUGCUGUCACUCAUCUCCAAUAUAAAGUGAAUGGAGGAGUAGGGCUCAGUUAUGGCAGCGAAUGGCAAUACUCAACAUUAACAUGGCGUCAUAAAACGUUUUUAUUGUUUAGCUACAUUGUUGAAAUCAUACAUACAUGAAAAGACAGACUAGAGUCAAACUAGUCAUAAGGUGGAGAUUUAAGAGGUUUCAGUUUUCCUUCCAUGUCCCUCUGUUGCUUUAGUCGCACCCCCUCGUGUCUUUCAUGUGCUGCUAUUUUUGCAGGUGGCUGUUUGUCAUCACUGUCAUGACCUCGUCUGCCAUGUUAGCGAUCAUUACGGCUUUGAUCAAUGUACGUCUCGUACACGUGCGAGCAGCCCAGUCCAGGUCACGCUGGGCUGUAACUACAGCACGUGUUCGAGACCUCUCACCCCGUUCGUCCACUUCCAUCACUCGCACUCAUCCAUCCGCCUCUUCCGCCCCUCGCCACCCACACUCAACCCUCCAUUUUUCAAUUGGCCUUCUUCAUCCGGCCUAUUGUCCCUCACAACCUCCAACCCCAGACCAGAGCUCUCAUUACUUGUCUGUCUCUCUGUGACAAGCAAGUCUUGCCAUCAGAUCGUCUCUUACAAUCUAUUGCAGUUUUUUUUUUUAAAUCUUGUUCACUCUACCCGCAUUUUAUCACUUACUUGUCAUAUUUCUUUGUACCUUUCAGCCUUGACUCUUUUCUGCAUAACCACAGCCUUCUCACCACAGCAUAUUUUAAUCCUAUAUCCUAGUCAUAAAAAUAGUGGCGCUCCGGAACUGCAUAAGUGAGGUGCUUCAGCUUGCUUGGAAGAGCGACGUUGUUUAUUGAGUCAAGCAGCAGCGGAACUGAACUCGCAAAAAGCGUGACAAGGCAAAGAAACAGCAGGGGUGUCACGGCACAGAACACUAACCGCAGUCACGGUGUCUGCUAAAAAACGUAAAAGAGGUCAACAACAGCCCGCACACAGCAAACUGAACAGGCAACAGGUAAGUAACACGCACUACAAAUACUGCGGGGAAGGAUAAACAAGGAUUUAUGUAACAAUAAACACGUAAUAUUAACAACUCUUUACAAAAAUGUGCCGCAAGCAUGCUGGAAAACUGGACGCAUUCCAGCGAUGCUACAAUAUACUGUGACAUAUAAAUAACUUACAAAUGUUGUAAAUGUUUGACACUCUGUGAAGUUUGCUGACUAAGACAUUAUUACAGAACAUUAUUAAAGGCACCCGUUUGGCAGAUUUUUAAAUGCCACGUUCCUGUAAAGUUGAUCUUGACCUCAUAAAAGGAAAUGGCUAACACUUUAUGAGCUUGUCUUGCUUACGUCCCAACCAUUACACGAGUGUGCCUAAAGCUAACAAUUAUAAUGCUUCCCCAACGGUGUACUGGCGCAACAUAUGAGCAGCAGAUUGGUAUCAUUUUUCAGUUAAAGAAAUGAUGUGUAGCGUAUUAUGACCAUGUCUUGCUUUCUUUACCCAAAACAUCACAUCAUCAUUUACUGGACCUGGCAGGCAUGCUGAUGUUCCAUUGUGCAAUGGAACAUCUGGAGUCACAUGAUUAGGGUGACUGUAUUUUGAUUACGGAUAUAUAUACUGUAUAUACACAAUUUUCUUUCUAAGGAAGAUUGUUACAAUAAAUAACCGUUACAAACAUUUUUCCAAAAGUAGAACGACUCAGGAACCUGAGGUCAAAUGCUUAAACGCUUGUUCAGUUUUGGAACGUAACCGAUAUUUUUGGGAAAAAUGCGCCGUCUAAAGUCGCAAGGACUCGGGAUUUUGAACCACCGUUGUGCAUGACAUUCCCAAUUUUAUUAGACUUCAAGUCGAAAAGUGUCAGAGGGUUAAUUCCAUGCUUUUUCUUUGGCUUUUUGCAGCUUUUUGCCACCGUUCAUUUUAAAAAAGUGCCCUGAUGCCGGUCAGUUUAAUGGUUCGAUGAAAAGCAAUGAAAACCAGAACAUUUUCAUUCAUCACUUUCUAAAAGUAAACCCUGGACAGCCUGGACAGGAUGCAAAAACAGGAUGUGCCCUGCGAAAACGGGGUAUUUGGUCACCCUUAACAUGAUAAAACUUUGGAAAGAGUAGACGUGAGUAGGCAAUGGGAUACUCAAAUGAUACUUUAACAAUUUUCUUUCUAAGGAAGAUUGUUACAAUA